AUGUCGGACAGCGAGGAUGAAAUUGUCCAAUCCACUCUGUCUUCCCCAGCCAACAGCGACGGGAAUUUAUCACAUUCAAAUGUCGACUAUGAGGACUAUGACUCGAACGCCGACUCCCUCCCUUGGGUAGAAUUUGGGCGUCCCAUGCCGGAGGAGACAGAGCGAAUGAAAUACCGAGAUAGAGUCCACGAGCAAAUUGGAGUGGAGAUGAUAGGCGAAAUAUUCGUCUGCCCCGUUGAUCCAUUCCUUGACCAUUACCUCCCACCCCUGCCCGGUUCUGUGGACGUGGCUGCUGUGGUGGAGGAGCUGGCGAAGGCGAAUCUCCUCAUUAAGGAUCACACUACGCAGUCCUACCGCUUUGCAGGGUUUGAAGAGGGUUUCGGUGCGGAAGAUGAUGACGCCGACGAGGUUGAACGAGAGGAAGUGUGUUUCACUUUCUCCCCGUUGACGGCCAUCGGCGAUGCCAUCCGUGCAAUCCUGAAGGGUAUGGGAGUCAGGAUCAACCCAUUCCGCCUUGCCCUGUGCCUCAAUCCGUGGCUUAAGGGCGGACACUUGCCUUUGGAUGCUAUGGCAUGCAAGGUUGACGGGUGCAUAACCUCCGCGAGCUUGGAUUUCGAUGGAGCUGUUGUACAGCCUGCCGGAGAGCUCUGUCCUACGGAUUUAGUCGUUCCUAUCGCGCUCAAGGCGUGUCGUCAUGAUUACACUACUAAUAACCUCCAGAUUGUUGUAUCUGCUAACCAUAUCUUUAAUGAAGAUGCUCGACGAAGAUUCAGUUACGGCAUCUCCAUUGAGGGCGAAUACGCCUCCAUUUGGUACUUUUCUCGUUCACAUUCUAUGAAAGCUGAUAGCUUCAACUUUAUCGAGGAGCCGGAAUUGCUGGUCAAAGUUCUAGCAUCACUCUUCUGUGCCACGGAGGAGCAGCUCGGAUUCGAUUCACACAUCACGCUCAUUCCAGGUCGCGACCCCAGGACGUACCUAUACGAACUACCCGCCGACGGGGUCACGAGGCUCGAAUCGCAAUUCUUCAAGACGACACAGAUAAUCCACGAGCCCUGGUCCAACCGAAUAGCGGGGCGCAUCACUCGAGUGUGGAAGGUCGUUCAGGUCAAAUCGAAGGACGAUUUGGACGCCAUCGACCCGAAAGCAGCUCCCUUGGCACUGAAGGACGCCUGGAUUAAGGCCAGUGCCGACGAUGAGUACCAAAUCCAGCAGAACGUUUUCCGCGACAUCGACACGUUUUACGCUGACGACGGUUGGCGUUCCCAUCCCCUGCUGUCUGACAUUGCGAGUGACGACGUGGAAGAUAUCAAAGACGUACUCGAAAACUAUAAGAAUUUCUUCUCUGUUAUACGACUUCACCACUCGAGUGAACCGAAUAAGCCAAUCUCAUCGGAGGGGUGUUGGACCGAAGAGAAUCUCUUCUUUCCUUCAUGGACGCGGAGCAGCCCGUUCCAAUCCCGAGAUACAUCCUGGCAAUUGGAACGAGAGAUUCGGGCAUUUGAGAGCAAGCGACGGUGCUUCUUUGUGUAUGAGCACGUCUGCACACGGAUAAGCGAUCUUCCUACUUUAGGAGAUGCGAUGGACGUACUAUUCCAAGCGUAUGCUGUGCUAAUGGUGAUGUUCUGUGCUGGGUGGGUUCACCGGGACAUAAGCCACGGGAAUAUCUUGGCCUUCAAAGAGGAAGGGGUAUGGCAAGUGAAACUCUCCGACCUCGAAUAUGCCAAGCGAUUCCCUCCGGACAGCGCGCAGACCAGCUCUGCCCCUAAGACGGGAACGCCUUUCUUCAUGGCACACGAAAUCUUAACCUCCUCGUCACUCUCGGGGUUCUACCACCAAAAUCUCGCCGUCCCGAAGCGCACAUCCAGGCGCGCUGCCAGGCGCGGUGGUGCGGUCGAAUCCAGCCCCCCAGUCAUCAUCGUCCACAAUUAUCAGCACGAUCUCGAAUCGUUAUGGUGGAUGGCUCUCUGGCUUGUCACCAUGCGAAUCGACUACGAGGAGUCCUACGACGCUGUCCAGUCCAUAUUCAGCGGCUCAACACCCAUUUCUACGGAGCGUAGGAACUGCUUUACUCUAGGCAUCACCUCAGAUAUUAAGGACGAGUUCCAUCCGUCCACUAGAAAUUUCGUCCCCUCUCUCGAGAUCGUCCGCCGUACCUUUAUAGCUGGUUACAAGACUCGCCAUCCGAAGGACGUGUGCAAACGGGAGCAGUACAGCCUCGUCUGCGCUGGGUUUUUCAACUUCUUUGGUGAGAUAGAGGAAGACCGAGAUGUUUGGGGGCCGCUUCCCCUCUCGAAUCCAACGUGA